AUGAGCAAUGCUACAACGACAACGACAACAUCACUGUCCCACACUGACGCCGCACAAUGGAAUAGAGAACUUAUGCUCGAAUUCCAGGCCGCGUUAGAGAAGGAUCCAGCGGCGGACCUGAUCUCAAUGUUCCCCGACUCAUAUAUUCAAGAACAUCGACAUGCUCGAGACAGUCGGGCGAUUCCGAAAUCUAAGCGAGAGCGUGAAAAAGAAGCUGAGCAAAGACCAGGUCCUGAGUUCCGAACACGCCUUGAAUUGGCGGAGACUGCCACGAUCGUCCAUCCAUUAUCCGAGAAAGUGAUACCUUUGCUUGCGCAGUACUCAACGCAGGAGGAUGGGUCGAUCGGUGAUGAGAAAACACUCGUAUCGGCCUUGACAAAGCUCAUCUGGGAGUCACCAAAACUCUGGGAGAGCCCCAUCAGAGGCGUGGUGGUGAAGUGUAGCGAGGAUAUCAUUGCCAAAAUCGUAGCAGGAUACGGAGACUAUACUGAGUACACCAGCAUGCAAUACCUUAUGAAGCAGGCGCCCGAUAUUCCUGCCCCGAGACCUCACGGACUAAUAGCGUUCGGCCCCUCUCGCGUCAUAUUCAUGACAUACGUUUUCGACAAAACUUUGGCUCAAGCAUGGAACAGCCUAUCGCAUGAAAACAAGGUCUCCAUACAACACCAGCUGGAUGGUAUCUUCCGCCGUUUGAGGACAAUCCGACAGAGUGACGGUGCUCCGCUCGGUGGGGUUGGUGGGGAGGGGUUGCACGAGCUUCGCGUCGACGAAUGCGCCUCGUUUAAAGGUAUCACGACCGCGAAAGAGUACAAUGACCUGCAGUUUUCCGCUCGCCAUUAUGGCAGUUCAACUUAUGUCAGUCUUCUCCGCUCGCUUCUGGAACACGACGCUUCGAUAUUAGAGCAUGGAUCCGUCUUCACUCAUGGCGAUAUUCGGACUGCCAAUAUCAUGGUGAAACAAGACCCCAGUUCCAAGGAUCAGUGGUAUGUUGUGUCUGGGGUCAUUGACUGGGAGGAUAGUGGUUUUUAUCCACUUUAUUAUGAGUGUACGGUUUUGUCGCGUACUCUCAGUCUGGUGGAUGAGAAUGACUGGUAUCUUUAUCUGCCAGAGAGUGUUUCGCCGUUGAAGUAUCCUGUAUGGUGGCUGAUCGAUCGGCUUUGGGGGAUACAUCUUAGGACCGUAUGAGUUGCUAAGGCUUUAGGAGAUUGCAUUUUAUCUCAUACAUGAUGGAUGUAGCUAUCCUAGAUUAAAAA